AUGUCCCUAAAACUGCCAUGCGUUCUACAUGCCCGGUUUGAUAGGACUCCGGCAGACCCGGCGUCAAUUAUUCCGACUCACCAUCUUGUGCGCGAUUCUACAGGUGCUCCUACUCCGUUACGUGGGAAUCUUCUCAAGCCCCCAACUGCCCACAAUGCCUUCAGCACAAUCCGCGCACGAGGUCGCGUCCUCGCUACUAGCUAAUCAAGGCCUAGCCCUAAAGUCCAUUGAUGUUCUGCAAUCGCUAUGGGCAGGGUAUGGGGAAAUAUGUCGCAUCACAGCAACCCCAAACGUGUCGCCCAACUCAUCCGGCGCCACGUCGCGAACAGGAUCAACAGUAGCAUCAAGCGCUUCAACGCCACAAGAAGUUCAGUCGUACAUAUUGAAACUCAUCACACCUCCAACCACCAAAGCACACAAUGAAGGCCAUACGCGCAAGAUUCUGAGCUAUCAAGUCGAGCAGUACUUUUACACCAAUCUCGCACCGCAACUACCGCCCCACAUCCCCGUCGCAAGACACAUCGCGAGCAUAUAUGAGCCGCGUUCCGAUGGAGGCGUAUCUAUGGCCAUGAUCAUUAGCGACCUCAAGCAAACCUACCCCGUCGCAGGCGAGAAACGCGACGUCUUGAAUCAGAUCCAAGUACAUGCCGCACUCGACUGGCUUUCUUCGUUCCAUGGGUUCUGGUGGCCGCGCAUCCCCAGCUUGGACCGCAGCCAGCUCGUUCGCCCGCCUUUGCAGGAGGUCACUACCGACGGCCAAGACGCGCGGCACAAGUCUGUGUGGCUGAAUGGCGGAUACACGUAUCUGGCCACGCGCCGCACAGAGUAUGCGAACCUUGCAGCUGACCAUGGGUCCGAGUGGUGGUCAUUGACGGACUGGGAGAAGGACGAGUUCUCGAUUGCGGAGCUGGUGGCGAGCGUGCUGGAGCCGAAGCAGGAAGGUUGGAGUCCGAUCGAGGGGUACACUACGCUUAUCCACGGGGAUGUAAAAAGCGAGAAUUUGUUCACAAGCAAGAAUGGCGAGGAGGUCGUCUUCUAUGACUUCCAGUAUGUCGGGCUUGGACUCGGUGUGUGCGAUCUAGCGAAACUAUUUACCUGCUCGGUGCCACUGGAGAUGCUUGUAGAUGAUCGGCCGGUGCCGCGGGAAUUGGCGAUGCCAGAUGGUGAGAAGGAAUUGCUUAAGCGGUAUUGGGUGAGGCUCAAGAAAGAGUCUGGCAAGGAAUAUGACUGGAACAUUUUGGUGAAUCAUUGGGAGAUGGCAUUGGUGGAUUGGUUACGCUUCCAGGCCAGCUGGGGCUUCUGGGGGAACACCGAGUGGCUGGAGGCGCGAGUGCGGUUUAUCCUGAAGAACGAAAAGUGGAAGGACGCUGUCGCAGGCAACGCAAAAAUGGCCGGUCUUUGGGGCAAGGAGCAACUUCUGUGAACAAUGGUCAAGCUGCACGAGUAUAUUUGAAGCACCCAAUCUGGGUCUGCCAGAAGGUAUAGAUUAUAGACAUGACCGUGCCAGUGGAC